CACUCUUUUCAGACGUUUCGUUAUUGUAUAACGUACUUCGUUGCGUAUCUCCUGUUAUUUAUUAAAUCGAAGAAAAAACAUUAGCACUUUUUUUUCGAUUUUUCGAUUACUACUCGCCAGUUACUGGAAGUUUAAAUUGCAGUAUGUCAGAAGUUGAAAAGAAAUUGGAAAUGUUUGUCACCGUCUACUAUUCAUUAAACGUCACAUUAGCCCUUUCAAUCAACAUUUUAUUGUUAUUCAUCAUGAAAACAACCAAAUCGUCAUUGCUCAAAGAUAUGCAGUAUUAUCUGUUCAACACUGCUUUGUUUGAGAUAAUAGUCAGCUUAUCAACCUAUUUUGCGCAAUGCAGACCGGUAGCCAACAAAUCAACAUUAGCUGUAUUUUGCCACGGACCGUGCAAAUACUUUGGGAAGAAUACUUGCUUUGUAACAUUUGCUGUAGUACAAUGUUCCGUUGUGGCCGCAAGUUUUUCAAUUCUUUUAUCAUUUUAUUACCGCUACCGACUCCUCAAAGUGAAUUUCAAGAAAAAACACAAACAUGCGACUACCUUCAUUAUAUUUUCGUUUUUCCCUACGGUAAUGUUGCUAUUCCAACUCUUGACUGAUAGCAAUUUUGCAAUCGUUGAGGCCGAAACCAGGGAAAUGCAUCCGGACUAUGAUUAUGUGAAUAAUGCACUGAUAGGCUUCUCAGAUUCAAAAAGCCCAGCAGCUAUUAUUGCACAGUCGUUGAUCUCGUUAGGGGUGUAUAUGUCACCGCUGAUUGCGUUUCACUACAGAAGAAAAAUAAACAAAAUACUCUCAACAAACACUGGUCAACGAAUACCGGUUGCAUAUUGUAAGCAAUUAAUAAAUGGACUGCUCAUCCAAACCCUUAUACCAUUCUGCGUUUAUAUCCCUCCAUACUCUUACUUUUUGUACUCUCAACUAUCAGGUCACUCAAAUCUCUAUUUUGAAUAUCUUCUCAACAUAUUCGGGUCAUUCACGGCAUUCAUCAAUCCUUUGCUGACAUUUUAUUUUGUGCUCCCAUACCGAAGAGCAUUGUGCAAGAAAGUGUUCAAAUAUUUUCCAUCAAUAUCAGAAGAGGGCACUGAAAUUACCACUUUCCCGACUACUGUGCAGUUUCAAAGAGGACAUACGGCAUCUACCAAAUUUUAA